AUGUUGGCGAUAGAGUCUCACGCCGCCGCCGCCGCCGCCUCCCGCAUCUCCGCCGCCGUCAACAUCCACUCUUCCACCCGCAUCCUCGCACACUCAUCUGCCUUUCUCAUCCCGCGGAUUAAGUAUCGGAGGUGUGCUGGUAGGUUGAAGAAUGCAAUUUCAAUUAGAGCGAGUGCUAAAAAACAGUCAGGCUCGGAUUCAGGUCCGGUGAAGCCGAAUGCAAAGCCGCAGAGGUAUCAUCCAUCUGAGGAGAUCGCAGAGCCGCGGUUUCUUGACAAUGGCGAAGCUAAGCUCACGGCUGCCGAGACUUCGCGAACAAUAAUCGAGGUGAAUAGCAAGGGCACGCUGAUGUUUUCUGGUGUAGACAAUGAGGAAAUUAGUGAGAACAUAUUCUGGCAAGACUUCCCUUACGUGACCGACGAACAUGGAAGUGUUUACUUUCAAGUGAAGACUGAUGAGGAUAUCUUGCAAAAGCAAGACCUUACCUCUGAGGAAACUUUCCAUGAUAUGUUGCAAACCGUUACAUCUGAGGAAACUGUCGUGCAAGUCAUCAUUGGACUUGAUACUAAAGAAAUGAUGAGUGAGAUGGAGGCACUGGGUCUUGCAGAAACGGACUUUGGCAUGGAUGAGCUGGAUGACAGCGAGUUUGAUGAUGAGGACGAGGAUGAUGAGGAAGAGGAUGAUGACGAAGAUGAUGAAAGUGGUGAAGACGAAGAUGAUGAAGACUGGGAAGACAUUCUUGAUGAGGAGAAUGGGGAUGAAGAGAUUGAUGGGCCAUUGAGAGAUUGGGCUAAAUUGGAUACCAUGCGUUCGUCUCAUCCGAUGUAUUUCGCGGAAAAACUAGCUGAGGUUGUCUCGGAUGAUCCUGUAGAUUGUAUGAAACAGCUCUCUGCUGGCCUUGUUAUCCAUGGCCUUCUGAGGCCUGCAUUCAUUGAAGAACAUUCUGUUAUUCAAAGACAGUUAUCUAAUCCCGAAUCUAGUGAUGUGGAUACAGAUAUAAAUGUCAAUGGAGGCGUACAUAUCAAUGGGCACAGACAUGCAAAAGAAUUUACGAGGGAUAACAUGAGUUUGGAUGGAGACUUGGAGAAGGAUGAAUCCCUGGGAAAUGGAUUUGCAUUUUACAAGCUAGAGAUGAUUAAGAUUCUGCUAGUUUCAGCUCAAGGAGUUCUGAAUGAAGUUGAAAUAGAAGAGUUUAGGAGGGCUAAGCCUGAUGCCAUAGCACAUUCAGCUACAAAAAUCAUAUCCCGUCUCAAAGCUGGUGGAGAAAAGACCAUGCAAGCUCUAAAAUCUCUGUGUUGGAGAUCCAAGGGUAUUCAAGCGGAGGAGUGUGCUCUUAUAGGAGUAGACAGCCUUGGUUUUGAAGUGCGAGUUUGCUCCGGAACCCAACUUCAGACCUUACGAUUUGGCUUCAAGAAGAAGGCCUCAUCAGAAUAUAGUGCUGAGAGGCAACUAAACGACUUGCUGUUCCCUCGAACACAAAAGUACCAGCAAAAGAAAGAAGCUCGACAGACCGAGACGUAG